CAAGCUGUGGUCUCAAUGUUUAGCUGUGUAGCUCGUCAAGAAGUCAUCUAUCCUUCGUGCGCGCCCCAUUUGAAUGCUGGUGAGCUACUGCCCAGUGGGAUUGCAGCCAUUAUUGCGGCAAUACAACGGGUUAGAACUAUUGGGGCUGGCGAUGUGUUUAUGGAUAUCGGCUCUGGUGUUGGCAAUGUGGUGACUCAGUUUGUUCUUUCGACAUCAGUUCGCGCGAGCAUUGGUCUACAAAACGUGGAGGUGUAUGCUGAAGAUGUGGAGCGAAUUGAGCUGUCGAUGAUAUACCCUUUCUCCAGCGCAACAAUCGUCUUUGCCAACAACUUGCGCUUUGAGCCUUCUACCACAAAUCAUAUCACAAGUGAGCUUGUAUACAUGACGGACGCGUGGAUUGUUGCCUUCACAAGUGAGAUUUGCCCACGGCACAGUCCCACGUGC